AUGACGGAGGAAAGAGAUAAACCUGAUAUUAAUAAUGAAACAGUAAUUAUUAACAAAGAGUUAAGUAGAAAGAAGAGAUAUAGGAAAGAUAAACCGUGGGAUAAUGAUACUAUUGAUCAUUGGAAGGUUCCAAGAUUAUGUCCUGAAGAUAAUCCACAUGGAUUACUAGAAGAAAGUAGUUUUGCUGUUUUGUUUCCUAAAUAUCGUGAAAAGUACCUGCGAGAUAUUUGGCCAGAUGUUAAGAAUGCACUUAAGGAAUACCAAAUUAAGUGCGAAUUAGAUUUAGUAGAGGGGUCAAUGACAGUCAGAACUACAGGGAAAACCUGGGAUCCAUUUAUUAUUAUAAGAGCAAGAGAUUUGAUAAGAUUAUUAGCCAGAAGUGUUCCAUUUCAUCAGGCAGUAAGAAUAUUGGGAUAUGGAGAAGAUGAUAAUAAUUUGGGAUGUGAUAUUAUUAAAAUAGGUCACAGAAAUAAAGAGAAGUUUAUUAAGAGGCGUCAAAGAUUGGUUGGACCUAAUGGAUCAACACUUAAAGCAAUUGAAUUAUUAACUAACUGUUAUAUUUUGGUACAGGGUCAAACAGUAAGUGUUAUUGGGCCAUAUAAAGGUUUGAAACAAGUUUAUCGUAUAGUUGAAGAUUGUAUGAAUAAUAUACAUCCAAUAUAUCAUAUAAAGGAAUUAAUGAUAAAACGAGAAUUAGAGAAAGAUGAGAAAUUGAGGAAUGAAAAUUGGGACAGAUUUAUACCUAAGUUUAAAAACAAAUGUAUCAAGAGAAAAGAAAAGAAGAGAAUAAAGAAAGAGAAAUCACUUUUCCCACCAGAGCAGCUACCAAGAAAGGAGGAUAUAUUAAUAGAGUCUGGUGAAUAUUUUGCUAAUGAAAUGGAGAGAAAGAGUAUUAAGAUGAAUGAAAGAAUUAGUAGACAAAAGGAGAAAAGAGAACAGAAGAAAAAAGAAAGAGAGAAGUUAUUUAUUCCACAAGAUAAUAGCAAGAAAAAUUUAGAUGAAUAUAAAGAAGAUAUAAAAAGUGUGGUAGAUAGAAUAACAAAGAAAGACAUCGAUAAAAAAAAAAAAGUGAAAUUAGAUUUAAGUUCUGCAGAGAAUUAUAUAAUUUAG